GGGCGAGCGGAGCGAGCGGAGCUGCUGCUGCUGCUGCUGCUGCUUCCACGCGAGAGCAGCAGGCUCCUGCAUACUCCACCCCGGGCAUGGUGACUCAGGGAAGCCCAGAGCGCGGAGCCUGCGCGUGCUAGAUGCCCAGGCUGCUCCCGGCGCGGCCGUACGUCCUCCCGGUGGCCAGCCCUAGCCAGUCAGCUCCGGCUCCGGACGGCCCGGGGGUGGGGGCUCGCGAGGAUAUUUCUGAGGCUCGCCUCAUCUCUGCGGGGAGCCGCAGCAGCUCGGAUCACGUCCCUGGCGGUGCCGGCCGGCCCCGUCUCUCGGUGCCUGCAGCUGCUGGUGCAGGUCCUCGUCUGAUCUUUGAAUAGGGAAGAAGGUGACUCUCUGUACUUCAUAAAAGAUGGAAGCCGAGACAGAGACAGCCUGCAUUGUGCAGCCUCAUUGUCCUUCGGAUGAGUUUCCUUGCCAGGUGAGACUAUCUGAGAAGAUUUCUCCGGUGAAGACUUGUUUCAAGAAAAAACAAGUUCAGAAGAGACUCAGCACAGGGACCUUGAGAACCUUGAGACCGAUAUUAAACACCUUACUAGAAUCGGGCUCCCUCGAUGGAGUUUUCAUGCCCGUGAACCCGAGUGGCAAUGGCGGUAGCAGCCUGUGCCAGCCAACUGUGAAUAAAACAUUGGGAAUGAAUUCGCCGUGCCCACCAGUGGGCAGCGACGUGAGCCUUCUGCUGCCGGGAGGGGCGGAUGUUGGAGCGCCAAUAGCAGAAGCGGAACCUUCCUCGGAGGAUACGGAGCAGGUGGUCCCCUCCCAAGACCACGGCUUCCCAUCAGAAACUAGCAACGGAACUGUGCCCGAUCCUGCCGUGGGGCCCUUCCAGGAUGCCCUCCUGCACGCGGCCCCCAGCGACGUUCCCGUCAGCCCUGACUGUGCAGAGAAGGCGAUGGAGUGUAUUCCUGGUUUGUUUCAACAGGACAACUACGUCCUCCAAUAUAACUUAAACACCAGCAACAAGUUAAAUACUGGACUCUUCCAGGGUAAGAGCGAGGAGGCUUCCCUCGAUCUGGUUUUUGAACUGCUGAACCAGUUACAAUAUCACACGCACCAGGAGAACGGGAUUGAGAUUUGUAUGGAUUUCUUGCAGGGCUGUUGCGUUUAUGGCAGCGACUGCUUAAAGCAUCACACGGUCUUGCCCUACCACUGGCAAGUCAAGAGGACGGCCAGCCAGACAUGGCAGAGCGUAACCAAUGAUUCUCAGGAGCACUUGGAAAGGCUCUUCUGCAACCCAGACAAUGACAGAGUUCGACUGAAGUACAGGGGCCAUGAAUUCUGGGCAGAUUUGAAUGCAAUGAGUGUGUACGACACAACUGAAUUCGAUCAGAUUCGAAGACUUUCUACACCUUCUUCUUUGACUGUCAGCUCCAACUACCAUACAGUCUGGAAGUAUUUCUGCAGAGAUCACUUUGGCUGGCGAGAAUACCCAGAGUCUGUUAUUCGGCUGAUCGAAGAGACCAGCUUCCGGGGCCUGCGGGAAGUGCGGUUCUCCAUGCUGCAUCACCAGUACGUCCUGAACAUCAAGGACAACUACCAGCAGAGCGUCUUCUCCCGGAGGAUAAUGAAAAAGCGGCCCCUGCUGCGGUCCUGCCUGGUGCUGAUGCCUUAUCUCCAGACCCUCGGUGGUAUGCCCUCAUUGCCCCUUCCUUCAGCUGAAACGGCCUCAUCCCAGCUCUUCUGUCCGUCUGUAGUUACCUCCACCAACUUCUAUCCCGAAACCUGGAUUGCUAUGGAUCCAUCUCAGGACUUCAUCCAAGUGCCUGUUUCCAAGGAGGACAAAAGCUACCGAACCAUUUAUAAUCUCUUUCAUAAGACUGUGCCUGAGAUUAAAUAUAGAAUCUUGAAAAUACUGAGAGUGCAGAACCAGUUUCUUUGGGAAAAAUACAAAAGGAAAAAGGAGUACAUGUCUAAGAAAGCCAAUGACAUUAGCAGAAUCAUGAACGAGCGACAUCUCUUCCACGGGACGUCCCAAGAUGUGGUGGAUGGCAUCUGUAAGCACAACUUUGACCCGCGUGUCUGUGGUAAACAUGCUACCAUGUUCGGACAAGGCAGUUACUUUGCAAGGAAGGCGAGCUACUCCCACAGCUUCUCUAAGAGGUCCCCCAAAGGCGUCCAUUUUAUGUUUCUGGCCAAAGUGCUAACUGGAAGAUACACAGUAGGCAACCAUAACAUGAGAAGACCACCUCCAGUGAAUCCAGAGAGCAUAACCAGUGACCUGUAUGACUCCUGCGUGGAUAAUUACUUUGAGCCUCAGAUUUUUGUCAUUUUUAAUGAUGACCAGAGCUACCCAUAUUUUGUUAUCCAGUAUGAAGAAGUCAGUAACACAGUCACCAUUUGAAAAUCCUUGAUAAUGCUAAAUUAUUUGAAAUAAGCCCUGUCCAGCAUUUGUAGCCAAUUUUGGGGGUGGGAGGGGAAGCAGUCGGGGAAGGGAGUUCUAAAAAGAAGGCAUUGCCCAGAGCUUUGUUGUUUACUAUUUUUCUUUUUUGCCUAUUUCGCUUUUGUUUUUUUUCCUUCUUUUUCAUCUCUUUCCCAUUCUUUCCCUUUCCUUUCGCUGUAAUAUUCCUCUAUAUUUUAUUCUUCCUUUUCCUUUCUUUUUUUUUUUUCUUAUUCUGUCUUUUCCUUUUUUGUUGCCUGUUUUUCCUUCCUUACUCCUCACCCCAGAGCUUUAAAAUGACUGGGAAUUGAGAGCAUUUCUAAGAAACCUCAGAGAUACACAUACCACAAGUCUAAAAUAGAACCAAUUACAGGCUGGUUGAUUAUUUGCUAAUUGUUCUCCAUGUACUCUGGCUGGAAAGUCUGACCGAUUAUAUUGUCCCCUUAUAUUUGUGUUUUGAAAAUGGAACAUUAAUCAUAGCAACUGAAGUACAGAAAUAACGACUCAGAUCAGAGGGAGGUUAAAUAAGGGACAUAAUGAAGUCAAGGCUGCAGAAGAAGAACAUGGACCAUUGGUUUCAGGUCCUGCGUUAGCACAGGUGAGAGGAACAAGCUAGCAGAAAAUUUUUAGAUUGUAAGCUCCUUGAGGGCAAGGAUUGUCAUUGCCUCUUUUGGUAUCCCCAGCACUUAGCACAGUGCCUGGCACAUAGUAGGCGCUUAAUAAAUGUUUAUCGAUUGAUAGAUUGAUUGAUAACCAGGUCCAAUAGAAUUCUGUGGGUUUCUAAGGAAAGUCAUCCAGGGUUCCAUGGAAAACCAGAAUUGUCAGUGCUUUGAGAAAAUGUUGGUCACUAGCCAAAUUCUUCUCUAGUCAGUGACAUACCAGUGUCAGCAUUCUAAGCAGUGCUUAGAAAUCACUGAAAGAAAUCUCCAUCUCCUUCGCCAGCCACAAACAGAAAAAGAAAAUCAGUGGUCCGUUGACUCAGUCAGAGGCAGUACUAGCGUUGUCCACAGAGCAGCCCCGAGUUCCCCCGUUCUCAUCUUGGACGUCCUUUGUGACUCAGGGCCUGAGCCCUCUCCUGCAGAGAUGUCAGCUCUGCUUGGGAAAGAAAGCCCCGCAGUGCUGAGAUUGGGAAUUCCAAUUGUUGGUUUGGGUCCAUUAGGGGAAAGGGGAUGAUUUUGACUCCUAGCUUGAUGUUGCUUUUCUCCAAUGUAAAGGAAGCUCUGAGGCACCCAGGGUGUGACCCCAGCUUUUCACACUACUUAAAUAUAGAAACACAGCCUUGUUGGGGUUCGGCUAAUUAAGGGAACGUGCAGCUGCCACAGAGAGGUGGGGACUGACUGCACAUGUACUCCACCUUAGGCAAAUCUGGUAGAUGAAGAUACCGAUCGAUUAAGAACAGAUCAAAUAGGAUUGGCAAAGGGAUUCACUUUAGGAUUCCUUCCAACACCAGGUCCCCCCCACCCCGUGCAUUAAAAAGCAAUUAAACAGCACCCAGUUUUUCAGGUUAUGUUAAAGCAAAGUUAUAUGUGUACUGAUUUCUCACUGAAUUGACCUGAACGAGCAUUGGACAGGGCUUCUACACAACUGACUUUUCUGCUCCGGCCAAUUCAAGACAUGGUUGCUCACGGCCGUGAAAUGUCUCCAUGUGGCUGAAAACUUGAGAAACACUUGCACUCGCUUUGGCAGAACAGUGAUUCCCAAUGUUCUUUGUAAUUGUAAUAGCUUUUCCUUAUGUGUUUGAUUCUGUGACACUCAUUCAUUCCUCCCCUCCCAUCUCCAGAAAAACGCUUGUAUAUCUUAUUUAUUUUUUUAAUAAAAAGAUAAAAUAAGUUUGUUGUGAAAACAUUUUUCAAGAUUUUCUGUUUCUCCCUAAAAAAAAAUGAUGAUGCUCUUUGUUGUUGCAAGACCAGGGACUUGGGAUCUUGGGCAUACGUGUCAACAAAAUCACCCAAAUGCUGUCAUCUGUUGCUGGCUGUCAAGCCUAAGAUACAUAGUAAUCGACAGAAUAGAAAAUUGUUCAGAAGUAUGAUUUUUUAAAAAAUCAUCCUGUUCUAGAUUUCAAUACUCUUGUGAAACCAUGGGUGAUAAACAUUAAAAAUCCCUCUCUGCUUUCGACUGUGUCAUGAGUGACCAUUGCUGAAAAAUUAUCACUUGGUGGUCAGCUGUGGUGAUAGAGAUCCACCAGCUCUCCAAACUUCUCGAGGUCCUCACGUGAUAGACAAAAUAGACUUAAAGCUUGUGCUUGGUUUAUGUGGCCUUCAGAAAUCUAGUCACCUCCAAAACAUAGUUUAUUAGUGUAGGAAUAGAUAGAAGUUGAUAUGCAUUCAGUCUUAUAAAUGCUUUCUUUUUGGUAAUGAAAAUUCACUCAACAGUAAUUAAAUAUAGGGCAUGAUAAUAGGUGACAGAGGGAGAUAUUGUAAAUAUACCCCCUCACCACCUUUAAGGAGUUUAGAUUUUGCCCUAUUGAAAGAGCUAUCUGAUUAAAUAUGAAUAUCAUUGGGAGUCCUCCUCCCCCCUUUAUGUUUUUAUUUUUAAAACAGCCUAUCGUAUAUAAUGUAAUUUUAGGCAAACUGGAACUCUGACAUUUAAAUACAUCUCUAUUUCAAAGAUUGGAUACUGCAUGCCAUUGAUCCAGUCCCUCUUCUUAUCCUGAGGCACCGAUGACCAUUUUUUAGAUCAUCUUAACUAUGACUAAUGGUUCCGUAAGAAGAAGGUUCCAUGAUCUCUUUUGGAAAAAAUGAGAUGUCUUGAUGUCUUGUAGGCAGAAAACAUUUCCUCGUGUACAUAUUGUAUCUAUUGUACAUAGUAAAACAACAACAAUCUUGUACCUUUUGUUUAUUAAGCUAUUUAUGUUAGUAAACAUUUAUGUUUGAAAAAUCA